AUGUGUAUUUUUUUUUUUCUAAAUAAAGUUUUAGCAACAGUUGGAGGAGUACUCUUGGUUUUUUAUGAUUUAUCAAAAAUUUAUAUUCCAUAUAUGCAAAGUGAUUAUCAUAGAUCAAUAUUACAAGAUACUAAAUACUUCCCGUCUUCAUAUUUUAUAUUGCUAAGUUUUUCUUAUAUGUUUUUGAAUACUUUAAGUUCUACAAAAAAUUAUGUAUCAAAUUCCUUAAGAGGUUUUUUGGGUUGUUUUCUAAUUACGUAUUCUUUAUUUUACUUUUUAUGUCAAUCCCUCAUAUGUUAUGAUUAUUCUAAUUCGGAAUUACCAGAAUUUAAAGAAGCAGUUUAUUUUUGUAUUUUUCUUUUCCUUUAUAUGUGUUCAUUAAUAAUCGAAACUUUCCGUUCCUUAAAAACAAAACAUCAGAUAAAUGAAAAAGAAUCAGGAAGUAUUAAAAUUGAGGUUUAA